CCCAGUUAAAGAUCCAGUAUGGCGGAGUCUGUCAGACGGUGUUACGGACGGCGGAGGAACUCAGAUGGCUGCCGUUAAUCAGGCUUCUCUGUCUCGCUUGAGGGACAAUGGAAGAAGCCCUGGAGUGAACAUAAUGCCCUCCUCAGACUGUCAGGAGAUCAGCAGACAAGCGCUUGAUGACUGACCCCCCCGGCGUCCGUCUGGAGAGAGCAGACACACGGGUCACUUCUGGAGGAGACAGAAACACACAAGACCUGAUGAUGGUCCAGAAGACCCUGAGAUCACUGCAGAUUCAGAUGGUUUUAUUGGCACGGGGAAAUAUGCCAAAGCAUUAAUAACACUAUACAUACAGAUUCACAACAUAUACACACACACAAACUAGACUCAAAUAUAGACAGAUAGGAAUAUAACGUACUUGGUAAAUGAAAUGUUUUUCAAUCUUAUAAAGUUAUUCAGUAUUUAUAAAGGUAGAUGUGUCCCGCUGGAUGCUCUUUUUUGAUUGACCUGGUCUUCUGUAAAAAAAAAAUAUAUAUAUAUAUUGUUUAGCAAACACAUUCAGUGUCGUCGUCCAUAUGAAAUUAGGCUUAUAAUAAAUCAGAUCCUUUUAUAUGAACAGAAACUGACUUUUGUUUGUGUGUGUGUGCGCGUGUGUGUGGUUGCAUUGCCCUAUGAACUGAGGAAGUAAGCCUGCGGUUUUCUUUUCCACUGGCAAAUGCGGUUGUUCUACAGCUGCUCAAGAAUGUGUCCAUGAGAAAGACGUGAUGCAGCUGAGGAGCAGAAACCGCUGCUGUGCUGGAACUAAAUCUGAAGUUUUGAGAACGCAUCAGCCGCUGCAAACAUCAUGACGUCUCCGAGUCAUUCAGACUCUCAGAUGGACCAGACUGUGGAGCUUUUGAAGCCGUCGGCGUUUGAGCACAUUCCCACAGUGGAGCUGAGUUCUGCUCUGCCUGUGAGGGUUCCUCCGGCUGCCAUCCCCAUGGAGCUGCGUGUGGAGCAGACGCAGAUGCAGACACAGACGCUGGACUCGAGCCGCCAGCAGCAGCAGCAGCAGCACGAGAUGAUGGCGCUCAAACACAAGCAGCAGCUGCAGCAGCAGAUCCUCAUCACGGAGUUCCAGCGGAAACACGAGCAGCUCUCGCGCCAACACGAGGCCCAGAUACACGAGCACAUGAAGCAUCAGCAGGAGCUGCUGGAGCAGCAGAGGAAGAUGGAGCAGGAGAUGGAGAAACAGCAGCGAGAGCAGAAGCUCCAGCUCCUCAAGAACAAAGAACGUGGCCAGGAGAGUGCAGUGGCCAGUACUGAGGUCAAGAUGCGUCUGCAGGAGUUUGUUCUGAAUAAAAAGAAAGCGCUCGCUCAGCGCAGUCUCAACCACUGCGUCUCCAACAGCCCACGCUACUGGAGCGGGAAAACUCAGCACAGUUCUUUGGAUCAGAGCUCCCCUCCUCAGACCAGCGUUAGUUCCUAUAACCAUCCUAUAAUGGGCGUCUACGACUCCAAAGAUGACUUUCCACUGCGCAAAACAGCGUCUGAACCGAACCUGAAGCUGCGUUCGCGUCUGAAGCAGAAGGUGUCGGAGCGGAGGAGCAGCCCGUUACUGCGCCGCAAAGACAGUCCCAUCAGCACGCUCAAGAAACGCUCUCUGGACAUGACAGAUUCGGCGUGUAGCAGCGCUCCUGGUUCAGGACCCAGUUCCCCAAACAACAGCUCACACGGAAACCUGUGCGAGAACAACACCAGCGUGACUGAGUCAUCUCACAGGCCGGCUGGUCAGGACGUGUCGGUCAGUCAGCUGUCACUCUACACAUCUCCUUCACUACCCAACAUCACCCUGGGGCUGCCGGCCCCUGCCACCAACAACGUGACGUCUACCCAGUCGGACAGUGAAUGUUUGUCUGUGACCCGUUUACCAGUAAGCACUCCAUUUCUGGUCGCUCACCUGCCGUCAUUUCUUGGCAACUCGGAUGCUGCAAACUCCCACAGUGCACUGGUGCAGCACAUGGUCCUUCUGGAGCAAUCAGCCCCACCGAGUCCUUUGGCCACAGGGAUGGGAGCGGGGUCACUGCAGAAGCUGGGUCAGCACCGGACGCUGGGCCGCACACAGUCGGCUCCUCUGCCCCAGAGUGGACAGGCGCUGCAGCAGCUCGUGGUUCAACAACAGCACCAGCAGUUCCUGGAGAAACACAAGCAGCACUUCCAGCAGAUCCACAUCAACAAGAUGUUGAGUAAACCCUGUGAUCGCCAGCACCAGAGCCACCCAGAGGAGACGGAGGAAGAGCUCCGAGAGCAGCAGGAUGCCACACAGACCGAAAUGCUUUCCAUGAGCCUCCCCAUUAAACAAGAACCGCCUGAUCUCACAGAGGAGCGGAGACCAGAAGAACAAGAGCUGCUCUUCGAAGAGCAGGCCUUUCUACUGGAGCAGCAGAGGAUCCAUCAGCUCAGAAACUACCAGGCGUCCAUGGAGGCGGUUGGUGGAUCGGUCAUUUUCCCAGGGCACCGCCCUCUGUCCAGAGCCCAGUCAUCUCCUGCAUCUGCCUCUUUCAUCAGUCCACAGGAACAGCCAUCCAAACCCCAUUUUACCACAGGUCUGGUGUACGACUCUCUCAUGCAGAAGCACCAGUGCAUGUGUGGAAACACCAACACACACCCCGAACACGCCGGACGCAUCCAGAGCAUCUGGUCUCGGCUGCAGGAGACGGGUCUGCGCAGCCAGUGUGAGUGUAUCCGUGGGAGAAAAGCCACUUUAGAGGAACUGCAGUCGGUUCAUUCUGAAGCUCAUGUCAUGUUGUAUGGAACCAACCCACUACGGCAGAAACUGGACAGUUCUGUCAUCUCCAUGUUCGUCAGGCUGCCGUGUGGUGGUAUUGGGGUGGACAGUGACACGGUCUGGAAUGAAGUUCACUCGUCGAGCGCAGCGCGUCUGGCCGUCGGUUCUGUGGUCGAACUCGUCUUCAAAGUGGCAUCAGGAGAGCUGAAGAAUGGUUUCGCAGUGGUCCGGCCGCCGGGACACCACGCAGAGGAGAGCACACCCAUGGGCUUCUGUUACUUUAACUCUGUUGCCAUAGCAGCUAAACUCCUACAGCAGAGACUCAAUGUCGGCAGAAUUCUGAUUGUUGAUUGGGACGUUCAUCAUGGGAACGGAACACAACAAGCGUUCUACGACGAUCCCAGAGUUCUGUACAUUUCACUUCAUCGAUACGACGAUGGUAAUUUCUUCCCAGGCAGCGGCGCUCCGGAAGAGGUGGGCAGUGGCCCGGGAGUCGGUUUCAACGUCAACGUGGCGUUUACUGGAGGACUGGAUCCACCGAUGGGAGACGCAGAAUACCUCGCUGCCUUCAGGACGGUGGUGAUGCCGGUCGCGAGCGAGUUUGCUCCAGAUCUGGUGCUGGUGUCUGCAGGGUUUGAUGCGGUGGAAGGACAUCCUCCUCCUUUGGGAGGAUACAAACUCACCUCCAGAUGUUUGGGUCACCUGACUAAGCAGCUGAUGGGGUUAGCGGGGGGUCGAGUGGUGCUGGCGCUGGAGGGAGGUCAUGACCUCAGGGCCAUAUGUGACGCCUCCGAGGCCUGCGUCUCAGCGCUGCUGGGGAUAGAGCUAGAGCCGCUUUCUGCAGACGUCCUGAAGCAGAGACCCAAUGAAAACGCUGUGCGCUCCAUAGAGAAAGUCCUGGAAAAUCACAGUCAGUACUGGAGCUGUGUCCAGCGGGUCGUGUCCGGCGCAGGUUUGUCUCUGCUGGAAGCUCAGAGAGGCGACUCUGAGGAGAGCGAGACAGUGACCGCAAUGGCCUCUUUAUCUGUCGCAGCAUUGGAGAAAAGGACGGAGGAUGAGCCCAUGGAAGAGGAGCCGCCGAUGUAGGGACGAGAGUUUUCCCAGAGCUCUGAGCUCUUCUGGGACUCUGCAUCUGUUUGACUUGGUCUCGUCUGACGGAGAUCCUCGCUGAGCAGAGAGAGACGUCAGGGUGAAGGCUAACUCACCAUGUUAGCGCUGUAGCCCGCUAGCACUGUGGCCCCAACGCAGCACACUCGAGCUGAAGUCACUUGAGACGUUUGUUUUUGGAGAUUUCUCUCCCAUUGGCUCGAUGUGCACACACCUCGUUGCAGACGUCAGCCAGGAGGUCGUUCUGACAGAGGGAUGGAUGGAACGCCGGGGUCAAGCAAAUCCUCCAUUGGCUCCAGGAGCCCUGUUUAGUACUUACACCUUCAGCACUGCAGCGUUCGGCUCGCCAGUGCCACUUUACAGACGUUUCUCAGAGAGGGAGUGCCUUGAAGACCAUCUGAACUAUGAAUGAAUUCUGAGGAAUUUGCCUUAAUUCAGGAAUGUCCCAUAAUUCCAGUGGGUCGACCGAUUAGGAAGAGUUUACUUGGACAGCAUCUGCGCUUUAGUCCUAAACGCACAUUGUCUAGCGCUGACUGACUUUUCUUUGGAUUGUUUUUUUGCAGAAACUGUCUGAAGCUCCAGUGAAGCGCAGCAGUGGCUCCAGAUCACAGCAGCUGAAGGCAGGACUCGGAUACAGAGUGGGUUAUUGACUGGCAUGUGCUUUACAGGACAAAACUACACCCGGACUGAACCAGAGACCAGAAGGUAUGACCAAAGCAUGAGUUUGCAUCUUGUGUUGUACCUUCCUCUAACCACAGCGUUUGACACUAAUUACAAGACCACGGCGGAUGUGAACGGGUUGGCCUUUGGGUGGGGAACAGAACCAGACAAGAGACGACAGUGAACCAAAUCAGCUCGGGUUCUUCUUAAGCCUAACUUUGUAAAAAGGAAGUUACAACUUGCUAAUGUUGGAGACCCCUAAGCAUGAAGUGGGAUCAGUACCUAUAAGAUCAAUACCAAUAUGCAUGUGAAAUCUUAAUUUUAUUUUCCUUCGCUAACGAACCUAGAGCCUCAUCUCCCAACACAACAGCUUCACCUCUAAAAGAAGAGUUAGUUUCUUACUUGGCAACUCUUGACAACUGUUAAAAUGCUCAGACUUUAGUUGUUCCUGAUUAUUUUUGAGGUUUUAGUAAUUAACUAGUCCAUUCCUGUUUUGUUCAGUUUUACUUCAUUCCUUGAGCUGAAAUUCCAGAUAUUUGCACGUUUCGCUUGGCUGCUUAUUUCUAUUAUUAACUGUGCUAAUGGUUUGAGUUCCAUUAUUUGCGUUACAUUUGGUACCUUGUACUUUAAACGAGUGCUUGAUGAUGUUCUUGGGUUUUCAACCUUUCAAUCAUGAUGACUGAUUGUGUACUUCCAUGUUUUGUUCAUAUUAGAUUUGUGUAUGAAAGGAAACCUCAUUUUUUUGUGACAGUUUAGGAGUAUAUAACAAUCAGUUCUGUCAGGAAUUAACCUGCUAAACACACUUGAUUGAUGCUCAGUGAUGUUCAGUUUUAUAAAAUGUUUUUGCAGAACGUGCUACAUGCUGAUAUUAGAGAGAAACCGUAUGUCUAUGACAGUGAUAAAAAUAAAAAAAAUGAACAUUA